AGGAUUUACUGUUAAUUCACUUUGCAUCUAACCCGCGCACUGCGGCGAUGAGCUGGAAUCCGAGCAAUCCUUGGAGCGAUCCUGUGCAUUGCCAUGAGUUUGACUUCCUUCCACCUGUCGACGACUCGAUCUUCGACGAGAUCCUGUCGACGAGCGUGGACCACGACUCGACGUCAUCUGACCCACCAAGUUCCGGGCCCAAGCGGCGACGUCGAACCCGCACAUAUCGGACGGAGCUCCUGUCGCUCCAUGAGACAAAGGCCGAGUUGGAAAAGGCAGUCCAAGAUCUCGAGCAACGACGGCGUGAACGCGCGACGACAUUGUCACGCAGCGAGCGCAAGUGGGAGCAGAUUGCACGUAACCAACUCGAACUCAUGCUCAAGGUGCUGAGGGAGAACGAAGAACUCCGUGCAGCUGUGAAGGAACAGCACCAAUUGUCUCUAGAACUGGAAGCCAUCGUGUGCAAGAAACCUCGGAGCAUGAUCAUAAAGAUGGACGACGACAAGUGGCGAGUGCUCAAGCUCAGUGCCCACGCAGAGAAGCGCCUGGCUGCCAUCCACCUGAUCGCAAAUCGGCAGCUGGACAUGAUUGAAAGCGAAAUGAUCACGACAGGACUCAUGUGUGCCACGGACAAGACGUUCAUCGUGCGGCCGAGUCGGUCGACCGGGCCCGACUUGUUUGUCGAAGGCAUGACGUGCGUGCAUUUUCCAAAUCCUACGUACGCCGUAGCAAACGCCGCGUGGAAGGCUCUGAACCACAUCCAUGCCAAUGCCAAGUCGUCGAACCUGCCUUCCCGCGUGCAUUCGUUUGCGAUCGAUCAAGACACAGUGUUUAUUCGCGUCGCCUUCCAAGCCGUCGACGGCCCGACCAAGGUCGAAUCAUGCGUCAUACUGAAGAAACAACUCGUGCAUGGGAACCACUUUCGCAUGGUGUUCCGCACCGUGUUGGACGACGAAGCGGAUCCGUUCGACGAGGACAGCUUUGUCAGCGAUCUCUUUGGAUGGUACGACUCGUGGUCAAGGACGCCGUUGUAAUGGACUUUGGCGGCAGGAUCGACAUUGAACAGACCGAGGACGGCGCAACGACGCAGUACAAGAGCUUCGCCAACGCCAAGCUUCUGCUGAACCCUCGGCGUGAUGACUCGAGUACGGCAGAAGUGUUGGCGCUCAUCGAGAGCUUGCAUUUCGACGAACGAGCGCCGUUCACACUCAGCGACGAAAAUCCCACCAAGUUGUCGGAACUCAUCUUUCGCGCGUCCAAUGCGACCUUCCUCGACCUGUUGGAAGCGUAUUUGCAAGCAGAGAGCGGUAGCGAGUAAAGAGAGACCAAUGGAAAGCGCCACCGAUGACAGUCUUGGAGUGGAUGGCGCCGAGUGAAGGAUCGAAACUGGAAGUGCCAUACCGCACUCGAUGCCACCUAGGUAAGGAUCUAUUGCUGUAUCCUUGCAGGACCCCGACCAUUAGCCGUGGGCACCACCGCAUCCCAAACCUUCCGUGAUAAAACGUCACGAUAUGGGGAGCGUCUGCCUUGAACC